UCCAGGCUCACCACAAUGAAGCUUCUUGAAAUCUGCUCAGUUUAUCGCAGGCUUAUCCUCAUCGUCCUCACCCUGCUGCUUUUAUUGCCACUGCCUUUAAUAAUCCAAACCAAAGAAGCAGAAUGUGCAUAUACCCUCUUUGUUGUUGCCAUAUUUUGGCUCACAGAAGCUCUACCUCUGUCUAUAACAGCUUUGCUGCCUGGCUUAAUGUUCCCCUUGUUUGGUAUCAUGCCUUCUAAGCAGGUGGCAUCUGCUUAUUUCAAAGAUUUUCACCUAUUGCUAAUUGGAGUCAUCUGUUUGGCAACAUCAAUAGAAAAAUGGAAUUUACACAAGAGAAUAGCUUUAAGAAUGGUGAUGAUGGUGGGUAUGAACCCUGCAUGGCUUACACUGGGGUUCAUGAUCAGCACUGCCUUCUUGUCUAUGUGGCUUAGCAACACCUCUACUGCUGCUAUGGUGAUGCCCAUCGUAGAGGCUGUAGCUCAGCAGAUCAUCAGUACUGAAGCAGAGAUUGAUGCCACACAGAUGACUUAUUUUAGUGGAUCUACCAACCAUGGAUUGGAAAUUGAUGCAAGUGAUAAUUUCCCUGAAAAAAAUGAACUGAAAGAAAAAGCCACUCCAAUUUCAAGAUACAAUAAUGAUGCAAGGAAAACUUUGGGCAAGAUGGAAUCGGAAAAGAAUUCAGAAGCUGGAAGAUAUCGGACAAAGAAGGACCACAUGAUGUGCAAAUUGAUGUGUUUGGCCAUUACUUAUUCUUCUACUAUUGGAGGGCUGACCACUAUUACAGGCACGUCCACCAACUUGAUCUUUGCUGAGCAUUUCAAUCUCCGCUACCCAGAAUGUCAGUGCAUCAAUUUUGGAUCUUGGUUUAUGCUUUCCUUUCCUGUUGCAGUUAUUCUUCUUUUCUUGACCUGGAUCUGGCUUCAGUGGCUUUUCCUAGGUUUCAAGUAUUCGGGCUUUGCUACAGAUUCAACUGUUGCCUUAACCAUAGGCAGCCUUUUCUUCUUGAUUCCAGCCAAGAAAUUGACUAAAAUUUCACCUACUGGAGAAAUCACUGCUUUUGAUUACUCUCCGCUGAUCACUUGGAAAGAAUUCCAGUCAUUCAUGCCCUGGGACAUAGCUAUUCUCGUGGGUGGUGGGUUUGCCCUGGCUGAUGGCUGUGAGUAUUCAGGACUGUCUAAAUGGAUUGGUCAACAACUAACACCUCUGGGUUCAUUACCAGUUUGGUCAAUCAUCCUUAUAUCUUCUUUGCUUGUCACUUCUUUAACAGAGGUAGCUAGCAAUCCAGCUACCAUCACCCUUCUCCUACCUAUACUAGCACCUUUGGCUGAAGCUAUUCAUGUGAACCCACUUUAUAUUUUGAUCCCUUGUACUCUCUGUACUUCAUUUGCAUUCCUCUUGCCAAUGGCAAAUCCACCCAAUGCCAUAGUCUUUUCCUAUGGCCACUUGAAAGUCAUGGACAUGGUGAAAGCUGGUUUGGGCGUUAAUAUCAUAGGUGUUGCUAUAGUGAUGCUUGCUGUCUUCACAUGGGUGGUACCCAUGUUUGAUCUCCAUACAUACCCUAGUUGGGCUCCUGAAAUUACUAAUAUUACAUUGCCAUGACCAUUGACCAGAAUGGAGUUUCUAAUUGUUGUGUAGGACAUUUUGAGAAACAUUAAGAACACAUCAUAAAACUGGACAAUAAAUGGCUAAAUUGAGGAAUAUUUGAGGCAUCAAGACAAAGUGCAAGCCCUUCAAACUACAAUUGUUUUCAUAGGGCACAUACCAGGUAUUCCUUCAUUUACAAUUACUGUCAAGGAAGCAUGUUGCAGUAUUGUUCUUGGGUUCAAAAGUCCUGGGAUGAAAUCCUAACUAAAAUUUUAGCUCCUAUAACUCUGGACAAAGUA